GCCCAGUGCACCUAGACUGGGUGCUGCCGGGUCGGGUGCCUCCGGAGGCAAGCCAAGGGACUGCAAGCGAAGGAGGCUAGUGGGGCGGCUCCUCCCCUCCUCUCUCUUGUCGGGAAGGAGGCCAGAACUACUUCCAAAGACUGGGUCGGGUCUGAUCUCAACGGCCUGGUCUGGGGUAGUCGCUUUAUGUGACAUCCACUGCCCCGGAAUUCUGCCAAGCCGGGGGCGGGUUGGGCGAAGGAGCCUAGGAAGCCCCCGCCCUUUUCUGCUGCUCAGCGUCACGCGUGACGUCCCGGUGAUGGAUGGGAGGAAAGCAGAGAGCUGUGAGGAAGGCGGGUCUGAGAGCUGCUAGAGGCUGAAAAUCCCGGAAAGCAAGAUGGGGGACUUGCCCUUAGAUAUCAACAUCCAGGAACCUCGAUGGGACCAAAGCACAUUUCUAGGCAGAGCCCGGCAUUUCUUCACGGUUACUGACCCUCGAAAUUUGCUGUUGUCCGGGGACCAGCUGGAAGCUUCCCGUAACAUCGUGCAGAAUUACAGGGCUGGUGUGGCAACCCCAGGGCUCACUGAGGACCAGCUGUGGAGAGCCAAGUAUGUGUAUGACUCUGCCUUCCACCCAGACACAGGGGAGAAGGUGGUCUUGAUUGGCCGCAUGUCAGCCCAGGUGCCCAUGAACAUGACCAUUACUGGCUGCAUGCUCACCUUCUACAGGAAGACUCCGACUGUGGUGUUCUGGCAGUGGGUGAACCAGUCCUUCAACGCUAUUGUGAACUACUCCAAUCGCAGUGGGGAUGCUCCUAUCACCGUGCGGCAGCUGGGAACAGCCUAUGUGAGUGCCACCACUGGGGCUGUGGCCACUGCUCUGGGACUCAAAUCUCUCACCAAGCACCUGCCCCCACUAGUUGGCCGAUUUGUACCCUUCGCAGCUGUGGCCGCUGCCAACUGCAUCAACAUCCCCCUGAUGAGGCAGAGGGAGCUGCAGGUGGGCAUCCCAGUGACGGAUGAGGCUGGUCAGAGGCUUGGCCACUCGGUGACUGCGGCCAAACAGGGAAUCUUCCAGGUGGUGAUAUCGAGAAUCGGCAUGGCGAUUCCUGCCAUGGCCAUUCCCCCAGUGAUCAUGAAUGCUCUGGAGAAGAAAGACUUCCUGAAGCGCCGCCCCUGGUUGGGGGCUCCCCUGCAGGUGGGACUGGUAGGCUUCUGCCUGGUAUUUGCCACACCCCUGUGCUGUGCCCUGUUCCCCCAGAGAAGCUCCAUACACGUGACCAGGCUGGAGCCGGAGCUGAGAGCUGAGAUCCAAGAGCAAAACCCCAGCAUCGAUGUGGUUUACUACAACAAGGGACUCUGAGGGGAGCCAGUCUCUGCCUCUUUCCUUACCUCCUUAGGCUGCUUCUUGGGUGCCACCUUACAAUGUUACCACUUGUUUAUCUUCUGGGUCAGGGGACUUGAGGUGGGGAGCAGCCACUGAGACCAGCAACCCCUUAGACUGGAGGAGGCAUCCCUAUAAGGCCCUUCUCUCCUCUCUGGUUUCAAGUCACAAAACCCUCCUGGGCUCGUGUGUGCGCCCACCUACAUAUGCAACACAUGGAAGUGUUUAUGUAUUUGGUCCUGGAAGCCAAGAGCAGAUAGGCUGUUCUAGGAUGUCUUAAUAUUUGGCUUCCCUCGCUAGUCUCCUCCCCACCUAGCAGCAAGCCAGGUUAUAGAUGAUACUUCCUUUCCUAAACCGUUUCUCUGGCCAAAACAUUUCCGAUAGCCCCUUACCCUUCUGGAUCCCAGAACACGGACUGAAGGCCACCAGCAAGCCAAAUAGAAUCUAAUCCUUCAGGUUUCCGAGUAGCUGACUCCGGAAUCUGGGCUGGCAGUGUUGGGAUUAGGGAGGCAUGGGGCUCAUGCCUGCUGUGCCCCGCAUCCUUGAAUGCUCCAGUCCUCUCUUCUCUUCUAGAGGAACGAAGGGAUGUCGGUAGCCUGCACUGCCCUCCACACGGCAAUGUGGGUGCUUUUAGGGAUCGUUUUAGGCGCUCUUGGUCUGUUCUGAUGUCAUGAUUCAGACAGAAAUCCCACAAUUCCAGUUCUUUCCCUAAUCAGGAAGUCACCCAGGCAGAACAAGCAUUCCCCUUCAGGAAUGGCCACCACCCUAACCCAGUUAUAGGGGGACUGAUGUGGAAAUGGUGCUUCAAACACAGGCAGGCCUCCAGCGUACAAUCUCAAGACAGGAAAGUCUGUGUUUCAUUGACCCUUCUUAGACAUUCACCACACCCCACCUUCUUCUCCAGCUGCCAGUCUCUCUGGAAGACCUCAGGGCUUCACAUAUGCUAGGCAAGUGCUCUACCACGGAGCUACAUCCCGUCCCAGUUCUUCUCUCUCUCUCUCUCUCUCUCUCUCUCUCUCUCUCUCUCUCUCUCUCUCUCUCCUUUCUUUUCUUUCUUCUUCUUCCUCUUUUAUUUCCUGGUUUUUCGAGACAGGGUUUCUCUGUAGCUUUGGAGCCUGUCCUGGAACUAGCUCUUGUAGACCAGGCUGGCCUCGAACUCACAGAGAUCCACCUGCCUCUGCCUCCUGGGUGCUGAGAUUAAAGGUGUGCACCAUCACCACCCAGCUCUCUUUCUUUUUUUUCCUCCUCCUCCUUUGUUUGUUUGUUUGUUUCCAGACAGGGUUUCUCUGUGUAGCCCUGGCUAUUCUGGAACUCACACUGUAGACCAGGCUGGCUUCAAACUCAGAAAUCUGCUUGCUUCUCCUCUCAAGUACUGGUAUUAAAAGUGCCACCACAGCCAGCAACCCAUCUCUUUCUUGACACAUGGCUCUGUUUUCCCUCUGCCCUUAUUAUGAAGAAGAGGAAGGGCCCAGGCCUCAACUGAUGGAUCAAAUAGAAGAUGGGUUUAGGAAUGGCAUGGGUGGUAGUGACUUCAGGGUGUAGAAUUAGAUCUCCACUCUGAAUCCACGACCUCUAGCUGAAAGGGUGAAUGGGAGGGGUGAAGAGGUCCCAGUGAGGUCCACUGAGACAGCUCUCCUGCUCUCGCUAACCGCCUCCUCCAGUGUCAACAGCUGUCAUGGCAUGGUGUCAAUAAACUGCAAUCCUGUCUA